AUGUUGAGCGUCCGACCAGGAUCUCGGCUAGGUGUUACGUCUUUCGAAGGGGGCAUACGGAACUGCGGGAGAUCACAGCAGUGGGCCGCAGCGUUGCAGAUAUUCCGCGAGGCGUCUGCAAUAUGUGCGGCAGUCAGCAGAGUCAAUUACAUAAUGAUUGCCAGCGCAUGCGGAAAAGCCAGGCAGUGGCAACGGAGCUUGUCGCUUCUUUGCGACAUGUUUGAAACUAAGAUGGAGCGCGACACCAUCAGCUACAACGCUGAGAUCAGCGCCUGUGAGAAAGGCAGGCAGUGGCAACGGGCGCUGACGCUGCUCAGCGAGAUGUGGGAGGUGAAAUUGGAACCAGAUGUGGUCAGCUACAACAUCGGAAUCAGUGCGUGCGAGAAGGGCAAGCAGUGCCGUCAGGCCCUGUCGCUGUUCAGCGAGAUGCAGGAGGCGAUGUUGGAGCGCGACGUCAUCUCCUCUUCAGCUACAACGCUGGGAUCAGCGCGUGCGAGAAAGGCGGGCAGUGGCAGUGGGCUGUUGCUCUGCUCGGCGAGAUGCGGCAGGCCGAGGUGGAGCCCACGGUCAUCAGCUACAGUCGCCGGGAUCAGCGCGUGCGAGAAAGGCGGGCAGUGGCAGCGGGCCGUGCUGCUGCUCAGUGGGAUGUGGGCGGAGCGGUUGGAGCGAGACCACCCGUCGGCUACAACGCUGGGAUCAGCGCGUGCGAGAAAGGCGGGCAGUGGCAGCUGGCCGUGUGCAUUAUCGGCGAGAUGA